AUGUUUCCGAAAGCUCUUCUUACUCGAAAGCGUCGGCGGCCUGAAGUUGCCUUCGUUGGGGGUCGCGAGGAGGUGAAGUUCAGGGAUGUGAGACUGUUCCUGGUGGAGAGGAGGAUGGGAAAAAGCAGAAGGAAUUUUCUGUCUAAUCUCGCCAGAUCUAAGGGCUUCUGCGUAGACGACGCUCUCAGUGCUGAUGUGACGCACGUCGUGUCGGAGGGGAAUGCGGCGCAGGAGCUGUGGAGCUGGCUCGAGGAGCAGGGCUUUAGAGAGACUCAUGAUAAACACGUGCUGCACAUCAGCUGGUUUACUGAGAGCAUGAGCGCCGGCCGGCCCGUGUCUGUGGAAAUCAGACAUUACAUACAAAAUCCCGCUGUGGAUCAGAGGUCGUGUGCGCAUCCGUCAGCCAAACCUGAGUCUGCUGUGUCUCCGUACGCUUGCCAGAGACGAACGACAUUGGAUAACCACAAUAAGAUCUUUACAGAUGCGUUGGAGGUGCUGGCGGAGAACCUGGAGCUCUGUGGGAAUCAGGGGCCGAGCCUGGCGUUCAGAAGAGCUGCAUCCAUGCUCAAGAGCCUCCCCGCUGCCCUGAGACGCCUGGAGGAGACGCAGCAUCUGCCCUGCCUGGGAGAACAUAGCAGGGCCAUCAUAGAGGAGAUCUCAGAAUGCGGCUCUUCCUCCAGAGUUGAGGAGAUACUGAAUGAUGAGAGGUAUCGGACUAUGAAGGCGCUCAUUCACGCCCUGCUGAUCUAUAAACAACACGCUGGCUUCAAACAAUUAUGCAGAUCGCGUUCGGGAGAUUUCCAGUCGGGGUUCUUGUUUUAUGAGGACAUCAGUAAGCCGGUGAGCAGGACAGAGGCCAGCGCUCUGAAGAUUAUAGUGGAGGAAGCUGUCAUCUGGUUCUUGUUUUAUGAGGACAUCAGUAAGCCGGUGAGCAGGACAGAGGCCAGCGCUCUGAAGAUUAUAGUGGAGGAAGCUGUCAUCUGUGUCAACCCAUCCGCCACCGUCAGCAUCACAGGAGGAUUCCGCAGGGGGAAGGAGUUCGGUCACGAUGUGGACUUCAUCAUUAAAACACCUGAGGCAGGACAGGAGGACGUGAUUCUGCCCGCCGUGAUCAAGCGAUUCAAAAGCCAGAACAUCCUGCUGUACUCAGACCUCCAGGAGUCGACCUUUGACCUGCGGAAGCUGCCGACUCACUGCUUUGAGGCCAUGGAUCAUUUCAGCAAGUGUUUCCUGAUCAUAAAGCUGAAGCGCGAGCAGGAGACGGAUGCGAGAGCGGGAAAGGACUGGAGAGCCGUGCGUGUGGAUCUGGUGGCUCCGCCGCUGGAGCGUUUCACUUACGCCCUGCUGGGAUGGACAGGAUCCACGCUGUUUCUAAGAGACCUGAGACGGUUCGCCAGAUUGGAGCGAGGAAAACUGCUGGACAAUCACGCGCUGUAUGACAAAGCAACGAAUACCUUCUUGCCUGCUAAAACGGAAGAGGACAUCUUUGCCCACUUGGGUUUAGAGUAUAUUGAACCCUGGCAGCGAAAUGCCUAGUUUCAGUCUCUGCUCUGUUGAAGCCUGCUGAUGUUCUGGACAGAUUCAACACCCUCGACAUGACGCUGAUGCUGAUUCACACCGAAAUACCCGCAGUCUGAUUACACCAGCCAGCGCGAGCAUUAUUGGUAGUUCAUGGAGUUUUCUUUUUCAAAUACACAUACAGUGACACCCAAAAGUAUUUGGACACUUUAAAAUGUCUAAAUGUCCAUGCAUUAGCUAAUGAUUUAAAGGAAAGAUGCUCAAGCACACUUUUCAAGCAAAGCAUUUAACAAAAAGUGCGUAAUUUCUGUAGUGCAAAAUUAAACUGCAAAAAUAAUGAUUGUUUCCAAACAGGUUGUGCUCAAUCACACAGUUUUCACAAUAUAAACAGUUUGUGGUGAAUGAAAUC